AUGGAUAAUCACCAAAAGAGGAAUCUAACUUUUCUUACCAUUGGACUGAUAUUCAUGCUGAGCGGCAUUGAGUAUGCCGUCAUUCUGCCUACAAUAUGGAGGUACCUGCAGAUUUUGGAGGCCCCUCCUUAUUUCCUGGGUCUGGGUCUGUCUGCUUUCAGUCUGAGCGGGCUGCUCACAGGCCCGCUUUUUGGGUUCUGGUCAGACCGGUGCAAAACCACAAAGUCCAUCAUUCUUUUUUCUAAUCUUUUUGAGAUUGCCGGUAACUUCAUGUACUUUAUUGGAUAUUCAAAGUGGCUGUUGUUAUGGAGUCGACUUGUAGCAGGUGUCGGCGCAGGAGCAGGCUCCUCCAUCUUUGGUUUCCUAACUCGGAGCACUCGGCCAGAGGAGCGUGCCAGUAUCUUCGCUGCCAUCAUGGCCUGUCGACAAGCUGGCCUCCUUGUCGGGCCGGCGUUCAACCUGUUCCUGCGGCUGUGUGAUUUCAAACUGGGGCCCUUUGUUGUGAACAAGUAUACGUCUCCUGGGAUCUUCAUGUGCCUGUUGUGGAUGCUGCUCCAGUGCGUUGUCCUGGCUAUGUAUUGGGAUGUACCACCCAUCAGCUCAGAGGGUGGAGCCGUGAUGGUGGAGAUGAAACAGGAGGAGGACGAUGAGGAGGAGGUGCCGCUGAUGGGUUCCGAUGAGGAGCCGGUGCACACUUACAGAGCUGUCAGCUCCAACCAAUUGGAGAUCUCCACCUCGUCUGAGACGGAGCCCAUCCAUGGCUCCUCCACGGUCUCGAACCCCUUCAGAAACUUCAGCGCCAGCAGAGAGUUCCUGAGAGAGGAGGUGGUUGUUCUCCUCACGGCUCAGUUCAUCACUCUCUUCAAUCAGACAGCGCUGGAGACCAUGGUGACUCCUAUGACGCAGCGCUACUUCAGCUUCGGUGAGCUGGGCAACAGCCUGAUGUACAGCCUGUGUGGGGUGGAGGUCAUCCUGGGCUUCUUCUUUGUGCGCUGGCUGAGCAGGAAGGUGGCGGACCGAGCAGUUCUGGCUGUGGGCCUGGUCAUCUGUUGCACCGCCUGUAUCUGGUGCCUCAUCUUCCUCUGCAACCCUCGAGGUGGUUAUGGAUGGGAGCUGACAGCCUUCAUCAUCGGGGUGUUUCUGCAGCUGCUGGGGCUUCCCUUCGUGGCCGUGUCUCAGGUGUCUCUGUUCUCCAAAGUCACUGCAGAGAAAACACAAGGAUUCAGCCAAGGUGUCAGACGCUCCAUUGGGGGCCUGGCCACCAUCUUGGGUCCUCUGUGGGCUGGAGGACUGACCAAUAAUUUGUACAUAAUGCUGGGCAUGAUGCUAGCUCUCCUCAUCAUGAUCACAGUUAUGACAGCACUGUCCUACGAUCACCUGAUUGAGCCCAGGGCAGUGCAGCAUGCCCAGAGCUCUGACAGCGGAGGAUAGAGCUGCGGUCUGUCUGAAGAGCAGGAGAGGCUAAAGUCGGACAGAGGGAAUGCCCUUCACUUCGGAGAGAGAAUCGAUAUAAGUUCGCUGCAGAGGAAAAUGUAUGAGUGUGGAAUAAAAAUGUUCAGAUAACCUGCUGUACCUCAGAACCUGACAUAGAGGUGAUCACACUGCACAGGUAAAAUACCGUAUGUUUUAAGCAAUGCACAACCUUUGUUAUCUGUAUAUGAAGAUUUUUAUUAGAAUCCGUCUUGUAUGUACAUCAUCACCGGACUAUUAAUUAUAUUUUACACAAGAGGGCACCAUUGCUCUCAUAUUGAAUAUUCAGGGGCGUAAUUGAAGAUGAAAGCCAUUAUUUUUAAACUGAACUAUUUAUAUUCCCAUGUGCUGAUGAAAAGAUAAGAGAGCAGGUAUCUUCAUGUGACCCAUGUACCAAAAUUUUUGUUUCUUGUCCCAAGUCUUUCUUCCUCUAAAUAAAAAAAAAAAUAAAAAAAAUCCCUCUGGAAAUGAAACAGUUGACACAAUGAGUGCAGAAGUGGAGUUGUCAACAUCUUAGCAGCUCCAUGUCAGUGUAGCUGAUAGAAGAGGAGGGUCAAAGAGAAUGAAGCUGUACAGAUUUCUUGGUAUUUACUUGUAGUGUUGGAGGAAAUUUGAGCACUUUUAUUGUUAAGAUCUAACACA